GGAUUUACUGAGUUUACUUAUUGUUGGUCCGUGGUGGCUAUCGUGGCGGACCUAAUACGAGCGUACAUUGCAUUACACUUUCAACUCCAGUAGCGGCUAGUCAGUUUCGAUUGGUGGUUAGGUAGUGUCAUCAAGAACGCCGUUCAUCAGAAACAUUUGCCUGUCGUUCCAGUCCGCAACAGUCAUCAUCAAGCAAUGUUUCUUUGAGCACAUACGAAGAAAUCGUGUCGUCACCAGCAGCGUCAGUAAACCCGGGUUGAAUUGUAGUGUCCGUCGUGAGGGAAAACACGCCUGCCUGGAUUUGCUACAGUGUGCCAGUGUAAAGCGCUAUAGUUUAGUGUGAUUGGGGAUGUUUGUGGUGACUAACGACAACGAACGCGCGCAGCUCAGUUCACUGCGAUCGGUUAUCAUGUGAAGAAGAAAACAGUACUGGACGGCAGUAACCACGAGCCUUUUGUUGAGUGGUGUGUUGUUUCCUAUCAAUAUUGUGAAUAGCUGAAAAUCGUAUCCACACGAAUUUUGAUCGUGUUUUAAUCUAACAAGUUAUGUGAAGUGGUUAAACCAAAGAAAAUCUACAAUGAAGGUGGUGUAUUCGUACAGUAUCUCGAUAUUCGCAACCAUCAGCGCCGGAUUGGUGUUCGUGUUCGGAAUCAUAGGCAAUCUCCUCACCGUGAUAGCUCUUUUGAAGUAUCAAAAGCUACGGAAGCAUCCGACAACCGUUUUUGUCCUAUCUCUUGCCAUGUCAGAUCUCUUUUUCUGUGCGGUUAACAUGCCACUCACGGCAAUUCGGUUCCUUAAUCAGCAAUGGACACUAGGUGAGGAUUUGUGUAAAGUCUUCCCCGUGUUUUUCUACGGUAAUGUGGCUGUGUCAGUACUCAGUAUGGUUGGCCUCACUAUCAAUCGAUACACGCUGAUACUUCAUCCUAGUCGAUAUUCUAAGAUAUAUACUCCAGUUAGUUUGUUCUUUCAACUACUUCUGAUUUGGGGUUUUUCUUUCGGAAUAAUGCUACUACCAUUAUUCGAAGUGUGGGGCCGAUUAGGUCUAGACGAAGAAACAUUCUCUUGCACCAUUCUUAAGAAAAACGACAGUUCACCGAAAAAAUUCAUAUUUCUAUUUGGAGUGUUGGUUCCAUGUAUCGUAAUAUCCAUCUCAUACUCUUGCAUUUUUUAUACUGUGCACAAGCAGAGGUCUAAACUAAAAGCUCACAAUGCAAACGCAUCGGGCAGGAUCGAAUCGUUUUUCCGCAACAAGGAAGACUGUCGGUUAACUUUAACAUUAUUAACAAUAUACCUCUGCUUUCUAAUAUGCUUCUUACCGUUGAUGCUUGCAAAUGUCAUCGACGACGAUGGAUCACAUGCAAAUCUCCAUGUGUUCGCAUCCGUUCUCGCCUGGAUGUCGGCAGUUAUUAAUCCAUUUAUUUACGCUAUUGGGAGCCAAAACUAUAGGCACGCUUAUACUAAACUUCUUUCGGAAAUGUGCUUCUGGAAAACAAAUGUAGAAUUGCGAUCAUUCGAUGAGAUAAACAAAUCUCGAACGAUAGACCAUUUAUAGCAGCAUUCAUUGUAGAGGUAUGUGAUAUUUGGCGAACGGAACGAUGAAGAAAGCCCCUUCCAUUCUACAGAGCAUUCCAAUUUAUUUCGUGUAAUAAAACAAAUUAUAUAUAAUUUAAUUUUACCUAUGACGGGUGGAAGAGUAAUUGCUAACAUUGUUAGAAUUGACAAAUUUGUACAAAAUACACGAUAACUGGGAUUUGUGAAAAUAUUUUCUUCAUUUUAUGUUUUUAACAGGCAUUGGAUAUACUUUCAUCGGUUCUUUUGUGAAUCUAAUUUAAUCGCACGAUAAGUGAAGAGUAAAACACAAAUAUAUGGCA